AGGUGGUCACUAAUGGAUACUCGUCAACCUCUUCCGGCCUUGGCCUGCUUCCUUUUGUUCUCUUGUUUCUUGUAUAAAGCAGCACCUACCUCCGCAUUAUCCGACAGCGAAGCUGAUUAUAUCGCCCGUCGUCAGCUCUUAACUCUCCCUGAAAACGGUGAUCUCCCCGAGGGGUACGAAAAUACAGUCAAAACAACUGAAACUUUCGAAAACGAAAGGCUUAGGAGGGCUUUCAUCGCUCUUCAAGCCUGGAAAAAGACUAUCUACUCCGACCCUUUGAACAUCACCAGGAACUGGUUUGGUCCCAACGUGUGUAGCUACAGAGGCGUGUUUUGUGCACCAGCAUUGGGUAUACCCAAAUGGACCGUCGUCGCCGGUAUCGACCUCAACCAUGCCAACAUCGUUGGUUACAUUCCAGUCGAGUUCGGAUUGUUGACUGACCUUGCAUUGCUCCAUCUAAAUUCAAACAGGUUUUGCGGUAUCAUCCCUAAGAGCUUAUCAAAGCUUACACGUAUGUAUGAAUUCGAUAUCAGCAAUAACCGGUUCAGUGGCCCUUUCCCUAGAGUUGUAACGACAUGGAAGAGCAUCAGGUACAUUGAUUUACGAUUCAAUAAUUUUGAAGGUUGUUUACCACCGGAGAUCUUCGAGAAAGACCUUGAUGCAUUGUUUUUAAACGAUAACCAAUUCACUUGCACCAUCCCUGAAACAAUCGGCAAAUCGACAGUCUCGGCUAUGACAUUCGCAAACAAUAAGUUCAAAGGGUGUCUCCCACGUAGCAUUGGAGAAAUGUGGAGAUUGAAUGAACUUAUUUUCACCAACAAUGACCUCGGUUGUUGUUUCCCAUCGGAAAUCGGAUUGCUUGGUAAUGUCACGGUUGUUGACAUUAGCUUCAACUCAUUCACCGGUAGUUUGCCACAGAGUUUAUCGAGCUUGAAGAAGGUUGACAUUUUGGAUGUUUCGCACAAUAAGUUGACGGGGACUGUGCUAGAAAAUGUGUGCAAGUUGCCAACCUUGUCUAAUUUCACGUUUUCUCAUAACUAUUUCAGCGAGGAGUCUAAAGCUUGUGUAUCGCCCGGAAGGGACGACGUUGUGCUGGAUGAUACCGGUAAUUGUUUGGCUGGCCGGAUUAAGCAGAAGCUGGCUAAGGAAUGCCAACCGGUGGUGAGUAAACCGGUUGAUUGUAACAAGGACCAGUAUGUUGUACUGUCUUCAUCUUCUAAGCCUAACUCACGAAUGCCUAAACCAAAAUCACUGGUUCAAGUUCAUCCAACGCCUAAGCCAUAA